AUGGCGCUAACUGCAGCGUCGCCACUAUCUCUCGACUCAACGUCGUCAAUGGUGUUCACAGCCAUGGAAUUCAUCAAACGAGCCAGCAUGCACAAUCAGGUCGACGACUUCACCCACCAUCAGGCGCUUGUCCAGCGUAUCCUCGCCACCUCCUCCUCGUGCGCCUCCAUCGCCCUGUGCUUGGCUGGCAUGUACAUGUUCCUAGCCAUCGACCCUCGAAGACUCAUCUUCCGCCACCAGCUCAUCUUCUUCCUCCUAUUUUUCGACCUCAUGAAGGCCAUCAUCCUCCUAUUGUAUCCCACGCGAGUGUUGACCCACUCCACCUCCUACUACAACGAGCGGUUCUGCCAGGUGGUGGGAUUCUUCACUGCCACCGCCGUGCAGGGAGCCGACAUUGCCAUCCUUGUCUUCGCCAUCCAUACCUAUUUAUUGAUUUUCUCGCCCCAGUUGAAUACCAAGGUCAAAAACUCCUUCCGGGUCGAGGGCGGGUUAUACAAGUACAGAAACUACGUGUAUGCGCUCUCGUUCUUCAUCCCCAUCGUGUUCGCCAGCUUGGGCUUCAUCAACAACGGCUACACCUCCUUGGUGUGCUGGUGCUACCUCCCCCAACGUCCGGUGUGGUACCGGUUGGUGUUGAGCUGGGUGCCGCGCUGGUGCAUCAUCGUGGUCAUUUUCACGAUCUACGGCUUGAUCUACUUCCACGUCAUCAGCGAGUUCAAGACCUUGGGCGGUGUGUUCACCACCUUCCACAAGAACCACCAGCCGUUGUACCCCAAACACAGCCACAACGACAAGCCAUCAUUUUACUCAGCAUUGAAGUACUUCUUGGAUAGAAUCACCCCCAAGUGGAUCAUCCCCGACCAGGAGGAACUUAAGGUCAUCAGCACCACUCACACCAGAACUCACCACAAUUCAGCAAUCAAGGAGGAAGAUCCCGAGGCGGAAGAAGAGGACUCGGACUUGUCCUCCACCCCUGUCCAUGUAGACACAGAGAACAUCAUCUACGACCCCGAAUUCCACGCCGCCAAUUUGGAGAAGUUCCGCAAACGUCAGAAAAUCAUAGAAAAGCAAAUGAAGUCCAUUUUCAUCUACCCUUUCGCCUACUGUUUUGUAUGGCUUUUCCCCUUCAUGCUUUAUGUCACUCAAAUCAACUACGAGGAGCGCCACGGCCCCAUCUACUGGUUGAACUGCAUGGGAGCAUUCAUGCAGCCCUUAAACGGCUUCGUGGACACCUUGGUGUUCUUACACCGCGAACAGCCGUGGAAAUAUACCAUUAUGAAGAACUUUGAAAAGGACCGCAUGUCUAAGAUGGACAACUUGAUCUUUCAAGGUAUGAGUGGUGGUUCAGGCCCUCAUGGAAGCGUGGGCAACAAGGACCACGACAGUGAAUCGGUGGCUACGAGUGCUCGGUUGACGAAGAAUUCGUUGAGUGCAAGCACGGGGUUGAUUGACAUCAAAGAGUAUCCUGAAUGGAGACGGUGGUUGAGCUGGGCCCGUCUUCCGUUUUUCAGGUUGCCUACCGACGAAACCGCCUUUAAAUUUCAAACCAAGUAUAUC